CACCACACUGCUGCAGUAUAAAGUCUGCUGUCCAUCCUCAGCCUCCACUUUGUGGACUCGCAACAAGACAACUACUGCCCGAACUCACACUGAGGUGACAAGUCACAAAUGACAAUGACCGACCUGGAGACCUCGAUGGCGACCAUCAUUGCGGUGUUUCAGAAGUACGCAGAAAGAGAAGGAGACAAACACAAAUUGAAAAAGAGCGAGCUGAAGGAUCUGCUUCACGAUGAGCUGCCGGAUCUAAUGGGGCAUGUGAAAGACCAGGCCACAUUUGACAGCCUGAUGGAGAGCCUGGACACCGACGGCGACGCCGAGUGUGACUUCCAGGAGUUCAUGACAUUCAUCUCCGUGGUUACCGUCUGUUGCCACGAGUUCUUCGAGCAUGAAGACGAGUAAGGAAGAGGCAAGCACGAAGACGAAGGGGGAGCUACAGUAAAUUAUAAAGAAGAAGAAGAAACCUAGCAACGCACAAACCUGUUGGCGCCUUCAGAGCAGAGCAGGGUGGGAAAACACAACUCUAGCCAACAGCCAAAACAUUAUAAGUGAGGUUUGGCUGGUGGCUGGCAAACAGUCCAGUGUAGUAGCUAAAAUAAAAUGUUUUAGAGAUUCUGUUCUUUUCUAGUUGAAUCUAAAUAUCUAAAUGGGUUGUAACGUCCUCAAAUGGCUUUGGGAUUUUGGUGUGGCGACACAAAAUAAUCACUUGGAGGUACUUUUGUUAGAUUGUGGCCGGUAUAUUUCACAUGGGCUAAUAAGUUAGUCAACCAACUACUUAGAGACACCUGUGUUUGAUCAAUUUAGUUGACUAUCAAAUAUUGGAAGUGCCUUGCAAGUUUUAAAAACAUUUGAUUGGCCAGUAAAAGUUUCAAGAUGACUUUGAGAUUUUGGUGAUUUGGUUACAAAACUAGCCACUGAUUUCUAAAAGUCGACCAGUAAACUAAAGUAGUUGAAACUGUAGCAUUUCAAAUGCAAAAAAAGUGUUUGCUAGAGGUACCAACUUUGGCUACCAAGUUCAGAAAAUAGGCAAUCAAUAAUUCAAGGUUCUUCUCUUGAAUGUCUAAAGGGCUAGUAAAGUUGUAAAAAUGACUGGCAAGUUUGUCUAUGCCACACAUAAUAAUCACUUGGAGGUACUUGUUUAAAUGAUUGUGGCUGGUAUAUUUCAUAGAUGUGGCUAACAAAUUAGUCAAGCAGCUGCCAAUCAUUCAUUUGAGAUUUUUACAAAUCAAGAAAGUGGCUAACAUCUUCAUCAACUCCAGUAGUCACUUUUCGGGUCAACCAUCUACUUAGAGGUACCUGUGUCUGAAAGAUGUCGACUAUCAAAUAUUUAAAGUGACUUAUACGUUGGUCAUCAUUCUCUAAAGGUUUCAAAAUGGCUUGUGAAUUUUAGCUUUAGUUGUCCAACUUUUAAUUUUUAAAAAAAGCCUAGUUGACUAUCAGAUACUGAAAAUGAUUUGUAAGUUGGUCAUCGUUGAAAAGACAUUUGAUUUGCUAGUAAAAGUUUCAAAAUGGCUCGUGAGUUUUAAAUAAUCUAAAAGCCACUUUGGAAACCACAAUUUAGGAGAACUCUAAUUGAUUUGUGCCUUGGUAUCUUCAUCUUCAAGUUAAACAUGUUGAACUGGCUAGUAAAAAUUGAAAAUGGCUUUUACUCUAGCUCUGGUAAAAAACAACAACUAUAAUUUGGAAUUAUAUGUAAAAUAAAAAGUAAUUUAGCUCUUGUUUUGUUUGUUUUUUAGUUUAGAAGGUCUUUUUACUUCAUAUUUAGGUAGUUAAACAAGUAAUCUACAAUUAUUAUUGUCUAGCUGGCUGCUGAAAUAAUCAUGAAAUGUUAGGAUUUAGUAGCCACUUUUGCCUGUAGCUGCGUUCUCUUAAACCAACAAUCGGAUUCAACCUGCUAGAAUAAAAAUUAACAACGUGUAACUCUUCUCUUCAUGCAAAGAAAACAUAUGAUACGUUUAAAUCAGUUGGAAGAGUUUGUUCGAUGAUGUGUAUUUUGCACCGGUUUUGUUUGGGUGUUGGUGAUAUGAAACGAAUUAAAUUAUCAAUGUGUGA